AUGGCAGAUAGAAAUAAGACUUUGGUGACUAAGUUUGUGCUCACAGGACUCACAGAUCAGCCAGCGCUUCAAGUGCCCCUCUUCCUGCUGUUCUUCUUCAUCUACCUCGUCACCAUGGUGGGAAACCUGGGACUGAUUGCUCUCAUCUGGAAGGACUCUCAACUUCACUCCCCCAUGUACUUAUUCCUCAGCAGUUUAGCAUUUGCUGAUGCAUGCACUUCCUCCUCUGUGACUCCUAAGAUGCUUACACAUUUUCUAUCUAAAGAUCACAGUCUAUCACUCAUUGAGUGUUUUGCCCAGUUUUAUUUCUUUUGUUCCAGUGCAACCACAGAAUGUUUCCUUCUGGUAGUGAUGGCCUAUGACCGUUAUGUGGCCAUACGCAAUCCUUUACUUUAUCCAGUGGUGAUGUUCAACAAACUCUGCACUUUGUGUAUAUGUAUUUCUUAUUUUAUUGGUAUUCUGAAUUCAACAAUUCAUGUGAGUUUGUUAUUUCGAUUACAUUUUUGCAGGUCAAAUGUCAUAGAUUAUUUCUUCUGUGAAAUUAUGCAAUUAUUCAAAAUUUCUUGCAUAGAUCCUACAGCCAAUAUGCUGGUUUCUUUCAUUUUUUCAAUCUUUAUACAAGGCUUCACCUUUAUAAACAUUGCCAUCUCUUAUACAUGUAUUCUCUUUACCAUUCUGCAAAAGAAGUUUGAGAAGGGCAGAAACAAAGCCUUUUCCACUUGCAGUGCACAUCUACUCUCUGUCUCUUUGUUCUAUGGAAAUCUCUUCCUCAUUUAUAUUUGUCCUGAAUCUGAAACAGCUGAAGCUAAGGAAAAAAUAUAUUCUUUAUUUUACACAGUCAUCAUUCCUUUGUUAAAUCCUUUUAUCUAUAGUCUGAGAAACAAAGAGGUUAUAGGUGCUUUGAGAAGAGUGAUGAAAUAG